AUGUCAGCCGGCCGCCGCCGCCCCGGCCCGCCGCUGCCACCACCACCAACCGCCUUCGUCGCCCGCCCGCCGCUCCUCGCGCGCCCAUUGAGCGGCCUCUGCGAGGCGCCGGGCGAUGGAAGUGGAGUGGCGGGGAGGGAGGGAAGGCGAGCGGCGCCGGAGCCCGGCGGUUCCGUCCCCCUCCCCGCUCCCCUGCGAUGCCGCCGCCGAGGCGCCGCCGCGGGCGACGGUGCCAGCGGCGAGGGCGCGGGGCGCGGCGGGCGCGCGUGGUGCCGCCUGGCCUACUGGGAGCUGGCGGUGCGCGUGGGCCGCCUGUUCGCCGUGGAGGCGCCCUCCGUCGACGUGUUCGGGGCGGGCCGCUCGGCGACGGCCUCUGCCUCUCCACCCUGCCGACGCGCGCGCCGGCGCCGAGCGGCAGGCAGUGUGACACUGAGCUGCGAAGUCGACGGCGUGUGGGCCUACAACCGGUCGGAUGGGCCGAUCUUCGUCAACUCGCCCACCCUGGACGAUCCGGAUUCACGAACGUUGUUAGUGUAUCGUGUUCCCCCGGGUCACUGCAUCAACGUCUUCGAGCACGCGAAAGCCGAGGAAGCGCGUCGGCGCCGGAGACAAUUGGAGCAAUUGACGCAAAGCGGCCCCACGGACCCGAACUCGGUGCGGAUCAGUUUCGCGAAGGGCUGGGGGCCCAAAUACUCUCGGCAGGAAGUGACUGCGUGCCCUUGCUGGAUUGAGGUGCUCCUGGCGCCGUGUAGGUGAUGUGUGCUAGUACGCUCGACCAACGCGAACUAAACGAAGAGCCUACGAACGCGAAUGUCGAGAGAAGUUUGUGAAUUCGGGUGAACGCUUAAUCGAUGCGCACCACCCGUCAUUGGUACGAAAAGAAGAAUCUAUGCGAGAAAGAUGGCACUAUCACGACGACGGCUACUUCGACUUGAUUUAAUCGAAAAGGGUUUGUAGGCUCAUGUAGAUAGCGUUGGCUCGACAACCCUUGAGUCGAGAUCGAGCUUGAGUCCAUUAAACCUGUCAGCGAAAACGAAUAAAAUAGUGUUUAAUAUGUCCUGCGUACACUAAGGAUGGAUGUGUCGUCGUCAGCAGAAGGAUACGGUUCUGAAGUCUCCAGUCUUGGUACAAAUGUAUUAAUUGAAUUUUGAAAAUAAUUCUUUGGAGUAGGUAUGCCCAAGGGCAUUCAGAAAACUGGAUAAUUGUAUGUUGAAAUGUACAAUAAAAUGUGCAAUAAUGGAAGUAUGGACUAUGAUUUGUACAUAAUGAGUUCUUAUUUAUAAUGAUGAUGGCUGUUAGCUGUCAAAAAACUUGUUAUGUCUCUGAAACUUAAAAGGCCAAAAGCUAGCUGUUCGAUUAUAUUUUGUGACAAAAAUUUUUCUGUGAGAAAACAGUGCCUUCUGUGUAAAUAUAUAAAUAAAUGUUAACUUCCUGCUGCAUUAGUUAACUUGCAUAACAUGCUGUGAGUAAAAUUGAUAAGUGAAUUCAUCCUGCAUUGCCAUCUAGAGUUUGCCUUGAUCUCUGUGCCAGAGGAAUUUUAUGCAAUUCCAUGGAUGUGUAUAUUUAUAUCUUGUUUGAGACAGCAUUUUCAUGCUGCAAAUGUUCCAGUGGUCAAAUUCAGAAGGUUGGCAUUUCCUAUGUGAACAAGUUAGUCUUCGGUAAGAGAGAUUAGUGAUAUUUCAGCAAAAUAAUUGUAGAAAGCUUUCCUGUUCUUUCAAUUGUGCCUCCAACCUUAUCACUGGAACAUAUUUUGAAAUAUUUUGAAAAUGUUAUUCAGUGGUGGUUUGGCAACUAUUUACUGUAGCAUUUAGAAAGAGUUCAGUAUUUCUAAGUAGUUUCAGUACUUAAUGCAGCUGGGAACAUACAAUGUUCUAAAAUUCUGAUCUAUAGAGAACUGCCUUCUUUCAUGCUAGGACUUUGUAUUUGAAAAUGAUAUAAAGCCACUGUGUCAUCUCUCUUAUGGAACAUAAAACAAGUUAAAUUAUUCUCAAUGAGAGAGAUUGUAGUACUGAUUUCUUUCUUAAAAUUUAUGUACUCUUGUCAUUGUAAUGUCCUCCUUAAAAUAGAUUUGGAAGUGUGACUUUCUGGUACUUCCAGUCUUGUAAUUAUCUGUAUAUGAAUGGAAGUUUAUUUUUGUAAUAAGUUUGAAAUAGUGUGCGGUCUUAAUUUUGCAAAGUGGUGCAUGAUACUUAUCAUGCAUUCUGGGACAUAUACAAAGCCUUUCAUAACUGUGAUACUUCAGAGAUAACAUUAAAAAUGUGUUUCUUUAAAAUACGUAUUUGCUAUAUUAUGUUCAUUGUGAGAAGGUAAAUAUAAAUAUAAACUAAGAAAUGAGGCUUACUACCUUGUCAUGUCCCAAAAGUUUUAAGCAUUCUUCUGAAGUUAUAUUCAACCAUCUGACACAAGCUUAUUUUUAUUACCAGAAUUGUGGAAUAUUAGACUUAUUUUUUAAGAAGAAAAAAAUAAUUUUUACCUUAGUAACUUUGUUUCCAACAAUAGGAAAAUUGUUUUUUAAAAUUUUUUUGAAGAUAUAUCUUUUAAUCAUAAACAAAAAUAUGUUUUCUUAAUUUUUUUUACAUUUAUUAGUUUGUCUGAAUUACACAACUUCUUUCUCAGAGAGUGAACAGCCUUUUUAUAUUUAUUGUAUUCUCUCAUUGAGCUUUGUUCUUGUAUCAGAACAUAAUCCAUGGAACAAGUUUGACCUGCCAAUUGUCCUGUUGUACCUGCCCCAAUACAUUGCAUUCUUGUCCUACCUCACAUCUAGGCAAUAGCAGAUCUAUUAUAGAACAGUCUUGUUAAUAUACACAAAAUUGUGCUAUGGAGAAAGAAAUUCAAUUCUUUAUUUCAUAGGAAAUAUUUCACUUUUUUUCAAAAGCCUUUAACUUGUCUUGUGCCAUUUACUAGUCCAAUUGCAGUUAUUGUAGAUAAUUUUUAAAUGCUGAAACUUUUGGUAACAUAAAUAUGUUUAUUUUCAAGUAUAUUCUAUUCAUGAAAUGUUAAGUGUCUUAGACAAAGUAUUGGUUUACAGAUUAUAUGCAUGUCAAUAAACCUUGCCUGAAUUCUCUGUUGUGGACAGAAUUAUGCUGUAGGUACAUGUUUUCCACAAACCUUAUAGAAGUGCUUUAUUUAAUAUUUGUUGUCAAAAUGUGCCUCAUAUAUAAGGACUUGAUCAUGCUGGAAAACACUUGUCAGUUGUAUGCUGAAGUCUUCUAUCUGUUAUAUAAAACUUUAUAUUUCUAGAAAAUUAUUUUAAUUAUUACUUUAGAGAAAAUUAUGUAUAAAUAUUUUUUUUUCAUUUAAAUUGAUUAACUUAGUAAUUGAGAAUACUGCAAGGGCACUUUUAACUUAACAUUGGAAAAUACUUUCGGAGUUUAUAAGAAUGAACAGUUGCAACUGAUGAGACUAAAUCCAAUGAAAUUUGUCAGAAAGGGUACAGAAAAUAGCACAUACUGUUUUUUAUACUUUCCAAUCAAUUUUUAUUUGUAAUUUUUCUUACAUAAGUGAAGUUUAAAAAGAACUGAAAAUCUUUAUGUAAAGUUUGCACUAAUGUAUUAUUUAAUCCUUUAUUAUUUUUAUUCAAAAAUGUUUAUUCUGAUAAUUCUCAGAGUUUGGAAUAUACUUUGAAUUUUUUUGAAAUGACCAAUUUUGAUUUUCUUCUUGGGUAACAUUUACUUUUUGGCAGAGCUUAUUUUUUAUUCCUUGCAGCCAUUCUGAGGUGACAGAUUAAUGUAAAAUGGGAAACUUAAAAAGAACAUUUGACUGCAUGAUAUGUCCUUAGUAUUUUGUGAUGAAUAUAGAGUAUUCUAAAGACGCAGUGCCCUUAACCUGCUCUUGCCAUAACUGGUUCAUCAUAUGUACAUUUUGGUAAAUGUUUUAUAAUCGUACUUCAUUUAAGUCUGUACAGCCAAGAGAUGUUUGAGAUUGACAAAUAAAUAUUCUUUGGCAAACCUUUCUAGGCUUUAGCCUAGUAUGCUGGAUUUGUUUGAUGGAAACAAGGAAAAUAUUGAAGACAGAAAAUUGUAGAUAAGUGGAAGGGUUGAAACAUGCUAGUCGAUGUGUAAAGCAGGUUAAUGUUUUACCUUGCACACUCUUCAAUUUUCUGACUUCUAUGCAGUACCCUGAAGAAAUUGGGCAUACUGUUCUAGCUAUUUUUAUUGAUGGAUCAGACUUUUGUCCUGCACUGAUACUUUGAAAUCAAGUGCGAGGAGCAAAAGUUCACUGAAACUUACGCAAAGAAACUUAUGAAGUGUACUAUAAUGCUUUAGGAUAUAAAUUUUAUUUUGUGUUUGUAUUUAAUCAAAAUUAUUUAAACAGAAGCAACAAGGUACAGCUGACAAUCAGUGUAUAUAUGUACAUAUGCAGCUGGGAGGAAGAUUAGGUCUAAAUUUUGGCCUUAUAUUCCUCAUUUAUAUUAAAAAUUACAAAUGCUAUGAAA